AUGACGGGAAUCAAGAACGACCAUGUUGGACAUCCGACAAUGCAGUCAGAACUGGAGAAGAUCACAUACGCGAUGAAGGACCCUGAAGCGGCACAGGAUGUGCAGGUGGAAGAAUCGCAGGAAUUUCUGGAGUACACCGAAGAGGAAAGCAAACGAGUGAAGAGAAAGAUAGACUUUAUUCUUCUCCCUCUAUUGUGUCUAUGCUACGUUUUCUCGUUCCUCGAUAAGACUCUUCUCAACUACAGCAGUAUUUUUGGAAUUAAGGAAGCCCUGCACUUGAAGGGAACGGAUUACAGUUGGCUUGGGAGUGCUUUCUAUCUUGGAUACAUGGCGGGGUCAGUAUUAUGGGCCAAGCUCGUGCAACGCUGGCCAAUGCAUGCUGGGAAGUUCAUUUCAGGCGCUGUUUUUACCUGGUCCUGCAUUACCCUACUCACACCUCUCUGCUACAACUUUGCCGGAAUUUUGGUCGUUCGGCUGUUUCUAGGCAUGGUGGAGAGCAUCAUCGGGCCUGUGUUUGUUAUUGUGACAAGCAAUUGGUGGACUCGGCCAGAGCAAGCUUUCAGAACUGCAUUCUGGCUAGGCGGUACUCCAAUUGGAAACUUCUUCGGAGGACUGAUUUCUUACGGUCUUGGGUCGAUGGACUCUGCAUUGCCAACUUGGAAAUUAUUCUUCGUCUUCUUUGGUGCAUUGAGCUUUGGGUUUGCCUUUGUUCUUAUCAUCUUUAUGCCAGAUAAUCAGUCAAAUGCCCGAUGGUUAAAUGAGAGAGAGAAGAAGAUUGCGUUGGAAAGAGUCAGAGAGAACCAGACUGUCUCUUCUAAUAAUGACUGGAAAUGGAACCAGUUCUGGGAAGCUCUGCGAGAUCCUCAGACGACUCUUUUCUUUAUCACUGCAGUUGGAAACACCAUGCCGUCUACCUUUGCUAGCCAGUUUUCGAGUCAGAUUGUUAAAGGAUUCGGAUUCACGACCCUCCAAACAACGCUUGUUUCUACCUGCCCAGCCGCCGUUAUCCAACUGGGUACAUACCUAAUCUUUUCAUCCGUCGCUUCUCACCAUAAAGACAUUCGCUUGGCGCUUUCAAUGGCGGUAUCAGUCCCACCAUUAAUCGGCGCAUCUUUGCUCCAUUCACUGCCCCAAUCAAACCAGGCAGGGAGACUGGCUGGUUAUUAUCUCACUUACACACAUGCGAUGUCGUUUACUUUGAACACCGGUCUAAUGGCCUCAAACUAUGCGGGCAACACGAAAAAGUCAACGGCGAACGGUAUUAUCUUUGCCGGCUGGGCUGCAGGUCUAGUUGCCGGUCCUCAGUUUUUCCUUGACAGUGAGGCACCGACAUACAACCUUGCUUUCAAAAUGCUCAUGGGUUGCUAUGCCCUUAUGAUCGUCAUCCCAAUCUUCCAGCUAUCGUGGUACACAUACGAAAAUAAACGACGAGACCGCCUUGUCGCGAGCAAACAAGACCAGUCGACAUCCACCAGGCUGGAAUUUGUUGACAAGUCAGACUUUGAGAGAUGGGAGACAUUCAGGUAUACCAUGUGA